GCUCACGUCUUGCUCCGUGGAGCGAAAUGCAUUCUGGUAUAUCGUCAUCAAAAAUACCUUUGCGUUAUCCAGAUGAGGAAAAAAGAUUAAAUCAAUCAAUUUGAUAUAUGCUAUUUUAGCAGUGACGUGCAAAAUUGUGAUGUGUUUUAUUUUUUGAGUUAGUAACAGGUAGUAGUCACCAACCGCGGAACCAAGGAGGUCUAACCCUUUGUUUCACACGGAUAUUUUUAUGUUGGACCAUACUUACAAAAAGCUUCGCAACAUGGAAGUGAAAAAUGCAAAUGCUGCCAUGCUCAGUAACUAUGAGGUGUUCAAGCUCCUGACAGACCUGAAGGGACAGAGGAGCGAAAGCGGCAAGAGCAAACACAGCAUUGGGCAGCAGAACCUCAACACCAUCAUGUAUGAGACGCUGAAUUAUUUGUCCAAGAGUCCAUGUAGCCGUCAGAGUCCAGAGAUAGUCAAGGAGUUUCUGUCCACCAUGAAGCACCAGAAGCUGACCAAGGCUGAGAAACUGCAGCUCAUGAACCACAGACCACAGAGAGCAGUGGAGAUGCAGCUUAUGGUGGAAGAGAGCGAGGAGCGCCUGUCAGAGGAGCAGAUUGAUGAGCUCAUCCAGACCAUUUCACAACUUUUACCUGGCGAUCCUGAGCAGGAAGAUGCUGCUCCUGCUGACGCGGAGGUAGCUUGAGGACCGCUAGAGCAGAAUUUGUGACAAUUUUGUGUUGCUGCUGAAUGAGACCGCCAUGUAGAAGCAUGACAGCGGCGCUGUUAAGCAGGCUAAAUGGUCUGUUUCAACAAUACGGAUUGGCUGAGCCGACAUUUGACUAGAGCCACCCAAUGUGUAGUUAUUUUUUGGUCAGGGUGGUCUUUGAAUGCAUCACAAAGGUGAGGGUGUUUUUUCUGUAAGAUGGGAUGGUUUACAAAAUAAAAAAAUA